AUGAUAUUGACACAAUAUAACAUUAAUUGGUCUCAUUUAUUUAACGAAUAUUUGGAACCACGAUAUACAGUAUCAGGAAUAGAUACACGUUCUAUUCGCCAAUCAAAAAGCGAACAGGUUUUAUUCAAAUCAACAUUUACAAAUAGUACCGAAAGGGCGCAAGAAUAUACUUUCAGAGCAGAGCGUUGUACUCGUAGUACUGCAACGAUUUCAAUUGAGAAAGGAGUAUGUCGUGGAAUGGAAAUGGAAUUAAAAUUGAAAACACCAUGUGAAAUUGUUGAAGCAAAUGCUGGUUUUCAUAAUGAACUUAGUAUUGUAAAUAUUGGUGAGAAUACAAUAGAAGAAGAAUUGAAAUGGGGUGUUGAUAGUACCAUUGAGGUACCACCAUUAUGUGAAACUGUUGCUGAAUUGGUUAUUCUUGAAGAUAAUCAAACAAGGAAUUUCGUAAUGGAUAGCCGUAUUUCGGGUCGAAUAAUAGUAACAGUGACGAAUUUGAAGGAAAAUAACAAUUUGGUGACAAUUAUUGAAGGAAAAAUGGCUGAUAUCAUCCGCGGUAUCGCGAAUUAUUCAGCACUUGGUUUCACCGUUAAAGAUGACAUUGUAUCAUAUACAACAAAAGGUACUUGUAAAUUCAAAUAUGGGGUAGAACAAAUUGUUAAAUUACGAGAGCAUCCUGUGAUGCAACCAUCGUUAUAA